UUGGCUUGGCAUUCUUCCCUCCCUCCCCGUUUCUCUCUCUCUCUAAAGAACCUUGAAGUCAUAUUCAGCCCUUGCUUUACUGCCAAGUGUCACCAAACCCUUUCCAGGAAGACUCCUUUCUCUCUUCCACCUCUAUGAAACCCAAAAAUUUGUCAUUUAAACCAAUCUUCACCAUCAUUUUGUUUCAUACCAAGAAACGGAACACGAACGGAGUUCUAACUCUAGACAACAACUCUGCAACUCUCUCUAUCCCUCUCUCUCUCUCUCAUGCAAUCGUCUACAGCUUUAGAACCCAUCGUAUUCAACCCUCAUUUCUCCACUAUGCUCAAACUCCUUAACAAGAGAAUCAAGCGCUUUUGUUCCCGCAUCCGGUGGCCGGUUCGUCGCCGGUCCAAGUCCAAAAUUGUCAUAAAAAGGUUUGGCAAAUCAAACUCCAGGGCUAAUAGUGACACUAAAGAUCACACUAUUGUGAAUGGGACUUCCAAAGUUCAUCAAGAUGGCCAACUGGGUGGUCUAGACUCGGUGAGGCCCAUACGUAUAGCUACUUUCAAUGCUGCCCUGUUUUCUAUGGCCCCUGCAAUACCUAAAGCAGAGAAUUCUUCAAGUUUUGACUUUGAAAACGAAGGUUUUAAAGAUGCUAGGCGCUCCAUGGAUCUUAGUUUACGCGCAAAGUCUACAAAUGAUCGGCCAAAGAGUAUACUAAAGCAAUCUCCCAUGCACCCAAAUUCCAUCAAUGACAAGGAGAAUCUCUCCAACCAGCAAAAAUUUCUGAAAUCUAAGUUAAGGGUGUCAAUCAAUUUACCAGAUAAUGAGAUUUCUUUAUUGCGUAAUCGACAACUGAGCUUUGCAGAACGUGGAAAGGAGGGAUCUUCAAGUGGUGGUGGGAGUAGAAUUUUGAGAGGAAAAGCUCCAUUGAGAUCAACAGUGAGUUUUUCAACAAAUAUGGGAAAUGGGGUUGAUAGUUUCGAGAGGUAUAGAAGCAGAAAGACAGUGCUUGAAGUCUUGAGAGAGUUAGAUGCUGAUAUUUUAGCUCUUCAAGAUGUGAAAGCAGAGGAAGAGAAAGCCAUGAAACCUUUGUCUGAUUUAGCUGCUGCUUUGGGGAUGAACUAUGUCUUUGCUGAGAGUUGGGCACCGGAAUACGGCAACGCUGUGCUUUCCAAGUGGCCGAUUAAGCGGUGGAAAGUGCAGAAGAUCUUUGAUGACACAGAUUUCAGGAAUGUCCUCAAGGCAACUAUUGAUGUGCCCCAGGCAGGAGAAGUCGACUUCCACUGCACACACCUUGAUCAUCUUGAUGAGAACUGGCGCAUGAAGCAGAUAAAUGCAAUAAUUCAGUCUAAUGAUGGUCCACACAUCUUAGCUGGAGGCCUCAAUUCCUUGGAGGAGACAGAUUACUCCACGGAGAGGUGGACGGAUAUUGUUAAGUACUAUGAGGAGAUGGGAAAACCAAUACCGAAGGUUGAAGUGAUGAAAUUUCUGAAGAACAAACAAUACACAGAUGCUAAGGACUUUGCAGGGGAAUGUGAGCCAGUGGUCGUGAUUGCCAAAGGACAAAGCGUGCAGGGCACAUGCAAGUAUGGGACUCGGGUAGAUUACAUACUGGCAUCCCCGAAUUCACCGUACAAGUUUGUUCCAGGGUCGUAUUCAGUCCUUUCUUCGAAAGGGACUUCAGAUCAUCACAUGGUAAAAGUCGAUAUAAUAAAAGUAAGUGAGAACGUUGAAGAAAAUGUCAGUAGAAAGCGACGGCAACCAAAACAGAAAGUUGUAAAGAUUACAAACACUUCUCCAUCAAAGACUGUAUGGAAAAUACAUACAUGAGAGGUUGACUUUGUUUUUACCGUUUUCUAUUUACAUGGGCUUAAAUAGAAAACUUAAGGGGUGUUAUCAGGUGUGGAGUUUAAAUUGUAUAGUUCUUGAAAGAAAACUGGAACAGUUUGAUUUA